AUGCCUCCCUCUACAGCAGCAAUUAUUCCCCGCUUCCUCCUCCCACAACGGGGCGCCAUUUGGCUGCGGCCUCGAGCAAUCCGCCAUGCCUCCAGUAAAGCCCAGCCGGGCGCAAAGAAGCCUUCGAAACCUCUAGUCCUAGAAAAACCCGCAAAGUUCAACCCCCCUUCGCAUGCUCCACGGAGGUUCAAAGCCGCGCCGCGGUAUCCUGGGCCGAAGCUGAGUCAAGCGGAGGAGACCACAAUGAAGACGAAGAAGUAUCCGCACAUGAUGCCAGCAGAGGGGACGCUCAUGCACUGGUUUAUCACUAAUAAGACUAUACAUUUAUAUAUUACUCUUACUACACUGUUCACUCUCGCAGGCACGGUCUGGAUCACCAAUUUCAAACGCAACUCGCCAUUCUCCCACAUGCUCCCGCCAUAUACAGACUUCCUCCUCCACCCUAUAGCCUACUCGCGCACCUUCUUCGAGGUCGUGAAGUUGACGGGCGAUUACAACACAGCCCAGACGAUGGAGCGAAGAAAGGCGAGGGUGGAGGAUGUUGCUAAGCGACAUGAGUAUAGAAAGGCCCAUGGGCUUGAUAAGGAUGAGAGCUUUGGUUCCUGGACGGCAAAGAGCGAUGAUGAGCUAUUGGGACCGGGAAUUAAGUUGGGAGACGGGAAAGGGGGGGGGGCAGACGGCGGAGUUGCUAUAGAGGGAGCUGCUCAGGAGUUGCAACAGCAGGAGCCGGAGCGAGUUGUCAGGGAGAGGCGCCCUGUGAAGAAGUGGCUGGGUAUUUGGUAG